UAAAUGGGAAAGAAUCAAAGCAAGCAAGAGCUUCCAAUAAUAAAUAAAAAGAAUUUUAAGCAAGACAUGCUUCUACACAAAGUGUGAGCUGAGUACAAGGAACUUGCAUCCAAAAUGAAAUUGCAAAGAACUAUCUUGGAGAUCUAUUCAAAAGUUCAAGAUAGUAACUUCAAAACAAGGAUUUUUCAAAUUUAUAACUGAAUGGUUUCCACAAAAAUUCAGCUGUAUGCCUCGAAUCCUGAGGAAUUAGGGAUCAAAGAUAUUUAUUGCAAACAAAAAUAUGAGAGUGUAAAAGGCGGACUUUGAGACCUUUUAGAACUAGCCCAUAAAAUGAUUCAGAUGACCGGAGACCAGCAAAUAAUCCAUGUUUAUGACUCAGGCCAAAAUAAAAAUGAAAAAAGUAUCAUUGCUCGAUUUGAGGAGAAUCUCCAGUAGCAAUCUAAAGCGUUCCACUCUCAACUCCGGAGAGAUAUCAUACAGACAUUCUGUCCUAGAGAUUCU